CUUGGCUGAUAACGCGCGAUUGCUAAUCAAUUUUUCACGAACGGUAUGGAGCAACAAUAAUAAAAACGCGAAAUUUUUGGAAAAGUCACAGUCACAGCUGUGGUUGGCAAUAAUAGUUGGGGAAAAAUGAAGAGUUUUUAGUGUUUUUUUUUUAAAUGUUGGAAUAGAAUAAGCAAUUGACAAUGACAGCGAAUAUACGAAACGACAAUAGUUAUAGCGACGACAAUUUUUCGGACGAUGAAAGCGCCCCGCUUACAGAAAAUAUUUAUGGAGGAAGCGUCCGAACAGUUCUCGAUACCAAAGGAUGGGACGUCUUCAGGGAUCCUCCCAUCAAGGAGGAAUCCGGUUCGAUGGCGAACCAAAAAUGUCUAGAAAUCACUGUAAAAAUUUUAAAAAUAGUAGCCUAUUUAGUCACAUUUAUCAUAGUGUUAGCCUCCGGAGUCAUAUCGAAAGGGACCAUUUUGUUUAUGACUUCACAACUCAAGCCUGGUGAUAAUAGACCACUUCAAUAUUGUAAUAAGGAUUUAGGUAGAGAUAAACAAUUUAUAGUCAAAUUACCGACGCAAGAACGCGUAGCGUGGAUGUGGUGUCUGUUUUUCGCAUUUUGCGUGCCACAACUUGGAGCACUUUUCAGAUCAACGAGAAUGUGCUACUUCAAGUCAUCGAAAAGGCCACCGUUUUCGCACUUCCUGAUGAUAUUUGUACCGGAAACUGCUCACACGAUCGGCCUGGCGCUUUUGUUUUUCUAUGUCCUACCGGAUUUGGAUGUGGUCAAAGGAGCCAUGUUGACGAACUGCUUGUGUUUUGUGCCAGCAGUACUGGGUCUUCUUUCAAGAAACAACAAAGAAUCCAGCCGCUUUAUCAAAGUUAUCAUGGAUCUGAUAGCGAUAUCAGCUCAAGCAACUGGUUUUGUAUGGCCAAUAAUCGAAAGAACCGAUCUCUGGAUAAUUCCAGUUACGAUUUUCCUAAUAUCUCUCGGAUGGUGGGAGAAUUACAUAUCGAAACACUCACCGUUGCCGUUUAUUAAAAAAAUUGGCAAAAUGAAAGAAUCGUUUGAUAGCACCCGUUAUUUCACUUACAUGUUCAUGUCCAUAUGGAAAAUCCUGUGUUUCUUUUUAACUAUUUUGUUUGUGUUGCUGGUCAAAGAAGGAGAAGUGGCUUUUUUCUUCACCGAAUUUUCAGAAAGCUUCAGUUCUCACCCAAUAAGAGUAGUUGAAAUUAAACCUACGCUGGGUGGUACAGUUUUACCUGACAUUGCUGAAAUUAUAUCCGUAGGAGACGACAGGAUAAUCUCCUCAAACGACUGGAGUCCAAUCUACGUCCUACUCAUUAGCAUUUCCGCUUCAUAUUUAGUCUACAUUUUCGGCAAAUUUGCUAGCAAAAUUAUGAUCCAAGGCUUUUCUUACGCUUUUCCAAUCAACCUAACCAUCCCCGUGAGCGUUUCUUUGUUAAUAGCAGCUUGCGGCUUACGCAACGGUGAUCCGUGCUUCUUCCACGAAACUAUUCCAGAUUAUCUAUUUUAUAAUAUACCUGACAGUGAUUUCUUAAAUAAUUUUGUUUCCCAUCAACACGCUUGGAUAUGGUUGUUGUGGCUGUUAUCACAAACUUGGGUUACUUUACACAUAUGGACGCCCAAAUGUGAACGUUUAGCUAGGACUGAGAAAUUGUUUGUUAUACCCAUGUAUGAAGGCCUGUUGAUUGAUCAGAGUAUGGGAAUGAAUAGACGAAGAGAUGAUGAAGCAGAUGUUAAAACAGAAGACUUGGACGAAAUCCAAAAAGAAAAAGCAGACGAGUAUUACGAAACGAUUUCCAAUCACACUGACGGAUCCACACCGAAAUCCGUGAAAAGCUCGGACAAUAUCACCAGAAUUUAUGCUUGCGCAACAAUGUGGCACGAAAAUAAAGAAGAAAUGAUCGAGUUUUUAAAAUCGAUUCUACGUUUAGACGAAGACCAAUCGGCCAGGAGGGUGGCUCAAAAAUACUUGAGGGUUGUAGAUCCAGACUAUUACGAAUUUGAAACUCACAUCUUUUUCGAUGACGCCUUCGAAAUUGCCGACCACAACGAUGACGACACCCAAGUCAAUAGGUUCGUUAAACUUCUAAUUGCAACGAUUGAUGAAGCGGCUUCUGACGUCCAUCAAACUCAUAUCAGAGUGAGGCCGCCCAAGAAAAUUCCAACACCGUAUGGAGGUCGUCUCAUAUGGCAACUUCCAGGCAAAACCAAAAUGAUAGCACACUUGAAAGACAAAAUGAAAAUCAGGCACAGAAAACGCUGGUCCCAAGUCAUGUACAUGUACUACCUCCUCGGUCACAGGCUUAUGGAGCUGCCAAUUUCCGUCGACAGAAAAGAAAUGAUUGCUGAAAACACCUAUUUGCUGACCCUGGACGGAGACAUCGACUUUCAACCUUCCGCUGUCUUAUUGCUGAUCGAUUUGAUGAAAAAGAACCGGAAUUUAGGUGCCGCUUGUGGACGUAUCCAUCCCGUGGGUUCCGGCCCGAUGGUUUGGUACCAACUAUUCGAAUACGCUAUCGGUCAUUGGCUGCAAAAAGCCACCGAGCACGUUAUUGGCUGUGUACUUUGUAGUCCCGGAUGUUUUUCGUUGUUCAGAGGCAAAGCUCUUAUGGACGAUAAUGUUAUGAAGAAAUAUACCACUUGUUCUGCCGAAGCCAGACACUAUGUCCAAUACGAUCAAGGAGAAGAUCGUUGGUUGUGCACUCUUUUACUUCAAAGAGGCUAUCGGGUAGAGUACUCGGCUGCUUCUGACGCUUACACUCACGCUCCAGAAGGUUUCAACGAGUUCUACAAUCAGCGUCGUAGGUGGGUGCCUUCUACAAUCGCCAACAUCAUGGACUUGCUAAUGGACUCUAAAAGAACCAUCGAAGUUAACGACAAUAUUUCCAUGCCUUAUAUCGGUUAUCAGAUCUUGCUAAUGGGUGGUACCAUUCUGGGUCCUGGCACUAUAUUUCUUAUGUUGGUGGGGGCUUUCGUGGCAGCUUUCCAAAUUGACAAUUGGACUAGUUUCUAUUAUAAUUUGUAUCCGAUUUUGUUCUUCAUGAUUGUUUGUUUCACCUGUAAAUCCAAUAUACAGCUGAUUGUAGCUCAAAUUCUUUCGACCGGUUACGCGUUGAUUAUGAUGGCGGUAAUAGUGGGUACAGCUCUACAAUUGCGUGAAGACGGUAUCGGUUCUCCUUCGGCCAUUUUUUUGAUAGCCAUGACGGGAUCGUUCUUUAUAGCUGCUUGUCUUCAUCCGCAAGAAUUUUGGUGUAUCGUUCCUGGAGUUAUUUAUCUUCUAUCAAUUCCUUCUAUGUACUUGCUGCUGAUUCUGUACUCGAUUAUUAAUUUGAAUAACGUUUCUUGGGGUACUCGAGAAGUGGCUGUCAAAAAGACCAAAAAGGAAUUGGAGGAAGACAAGAAACAAGCCGAGCUAGCUAAGAAGCAAUCUAAAAAUAAGUCACUUCUUGGGUUUUUGCAAAAUGGUGGCAAUAGCGAUGACGAUGAAGGCAGUAUUGAAAUUUCACUGGCUGGUUUGUUUAAGUGCAUGCUCUGCACUCACCAAAAAGCUGGUGAUGAAAAAGCUCAACUAAUCCAUAUAGGAGAAUCAUUAGAUUUGCUUCAAAAACGAUUGGAUCAUAUUGAAAAGGUUAUUGAUCCAUCUGGUCAUGCAACUAGAAAGCGUAGCAUGUCAGCUUCAUCGAGACACGGAGAUCAUCAUCAUUUGAGUGCGGUCAACGAAGAAGAAACUGAAGACGCCUCAGGAGAAUCGGACUCAGAAAGUACUUCAACAGUUCCACACAAUAAACGUGACGAUUUGGUUAAUCCUUAUUGGAUCGAAGAUCCCGACGUUGGCAAGGGCGAAGUUGAAUAUUUGAGCAGCAACGAAAUGAUUUUUUGGAAAGACUUGUUGGCAAAGUAUUUGUAUCCUUUAGAUGAGAAUAAAGAGGAAAAGGCCCGUAUAGCGUCGGAUCUGAAAGAACUUCGUGACCAAUCAGUGUUUGCGUUCUUUAUGCUGAACGCCCUUUUCGUACUUAUUGUAUUUUUACUGACCCUCAAAAAGGACUACCUGCACAUUAAAUGGCCGUUCGGUGUGAAAACCAACAUAACGUUUGACGAGAGCACACAAGGGGUCUCAAUCACCAAAGAAUACCUUCAACUAGAACCCAUCGGUCUUGUUUUUGUAUUCUUCUUCGCCCUCAUUUUGGUCAUCCAGUUUGUUGCUAUGUUAUUCCAUCGAUUUGGAACUAUAGCUCACAUUUUGGCUUCGACUGAUCUUAAUUUGUGCAGCAAAAAGAAAGAAGAAAUGUCUCCUAACGCCCUCUUGGACAAACAAGCAGUUGAAAUAGUAAAACAAAUGCAAAGGUUGCAAGGUAUCGACGAUGGAGAUUACGAUAACGAUUCCGGAUCUGGACCUGACAGAAUAGGCCGUAGAAAAACUAUCCACAACAUACAAAGGGCUGCGCAAAAGAAACGACAAAUUGGUACUCUGGAUGUGGCGUUUAAAAAGCGAUUCGCUAAGCUAAAUGCUAAUCCAGAUGGAGGCACUCCAGUUCUUAGUAGACGCAUGACAAUGAGACGGGAAACAAUGAAAGCUUUGGAAGUUCGUGUAAAUUCUGUUAUGGCGGAACGUAGAAAGUCCCACAUGCAAACUUUGGGUGCCAAAAACGAUUUCAACAAUAUUACCGCAACAAAUACCAAUAAUAAUACUAGAAAUCAUCGGAGUAGUGUGGCAAGCAGUAUACCCGCAAAGGAGAUAUUUGAAAAUGGUCAUGUGAAUAGGGCGUAUGAAGAAGAGGGUACUUAUGGUAGCAGGAAUUCGUUGCAAAUGCAGCAUAGAGCUAAACCGCAGUGGACUGGUAGUAAUAGCAAGAUGUAAUAUAUUUUUGUAAAUAUUUUUUGUAUAUUUAAACAAUAUUGUAAUGACUGUGAGAAGUUUCUCUUUUUAUUUUAUUCUUACUUACCUACUGUUUAGUUGGUAAAACUCAAAACUGCCUAUAAAAUACUCUUUUUUUAUACUUAAUACUCAAAAUUUUAGACAUCUUCUUCUCUA